CCGGGCCCGAGCCCCGCGCGGCUCAUGGCGGGGCCGCGGGUCGCGCUGCUGGCUUGGUGCCGCCGCCAGUGCGAGGGCUACCGCGGCGUGGACAUCCGCGACCUGAGCAGCUCCUUCCGCGACGGCCUGGCCUUCUGCGCCAUCCUGCACCGGCACCGGCCCGACCUGCUAGAGUUUGAUUCACUUUCCAAGGACAAUGUCUUCGAGAAUAACCGUUUGGCCUUUGAAGUGGCUGAGAAGGAGCUGGGAAUCCCUGCUCUCCUGGACCCCAGUGACAUGGUCUCCAUGAGUGUCCCUGACUGCCUCAGCAUCAUGACCUACGUGUCCCAAUAUUACAACCACUUCGCCAGCCCUGGCCAAGCCGGGGUCUCAUCACCCAGAAAGGGCCUGGCAGCAUCCUCCCCGCCAUCCAAAGCACCCACUCCCGCGGAACCAGGAGACAGGGCUCAGGGCGAUGAGUGCUCCUCGGGCAGCCUGUCAGAGCAGGGCGCCCACCGGACCCCCAGCAGCACGUGUGCGGCCUGCCAGCAGCACGUGCACCUGGUGCAGCGUUACCUGGCCGACGGCAAGCUGUACCACCGGCACUGCUUCCGGUGUCAGCGGUGCUCCAGCACCCUGCUCCCCGGAGCUUACAGGAGUGGGCCAGAGGAGGGCACCUUCGUGUGUGCAGAGCACUGCGCCAGGCUGGGCCCUGGUGGGCGGUCAGGGGCCAGGCCCACACUCCCCCCACAGCCAAAGCAGCAGCAACUUACAGAAGAAGCCAAGGAUGUGGAGAGAGGCGGCCCCAGCCCUAAUGCAGCUGCGGGGCCCGAGGUGGACGUACCCAAGGCCAGCUCUGAGGGCCGACCCCAGAUCCCCACCAAGCCCCAGGUUCCCGGCAAACCACAGGAGAUGGCCAGCACCCCGGGCAGCCGCCCCACACCUGCCCCCAGGAAGGCCUCUGAGAGCACAGCCCUGACGCUCCCCACGCCCCGGCCCCGGUCCAGCCUGCAGCAGGAGAACUUGGUGGAGCAGGGAGGCGGCAGCGGCCUGGUGAAUGGGAAGCUGCAUGAACCCCCCAUCCCCAAGCCCAGAGGGACACCCAAGCUGUCAGAGAGGACACCAGCCCCCAGGAAAGACCCCCCAUGGAUCACACUGGUGCAGGCAGAGCCGAAGAAGAAGCCAGCCCCCCUGCCCCCGAGCAGCAGCCCCGGGCCGCCGCCCCCGAGCCGGGACAGCAGGCAGGUGGAGAACGGAGGUGUGCAUGAGGUGGCUGGCCCGGAGCCCAAGCCCUACAACCCCUUCGAGGAGGAGCAGGAAGAGCCCCCAGCUGCACCCCGUGCAGCCACCGGCCCUGCCCCGACUCACCCGGAGUCCACACCCAAGUCCCUGCACCCCUGGUACGGCAUCACCCCCACGAGCAGCCCCAGGACAAAGAAGCGCCCCGCCCCCCGAGCACCCAGUGCAUCCCCCCUUGCUCUCCACACCUCCCGCCUGUCACACUCGGAGCCACCCUCAGCCACCCCGUCGCCAGCCCUCAGCGUGGAAAGCCUGUCGUCCGAGAGCUCCGGCCAGCCCCCAGGUGGGGAGCCUCUGGAGCCACCAGUCGUGCCCAAGAGCUCCUCAGAGCCUGCUGUCCAUGCCCCGGGCAGCCCUGGCACCUCGGCCAGCCUCUCCGCCAACUCCUCCCUGUCCUCCUCUGGGGAGCUGGUGCAGCCCAGUGUGAACCGGACACCUCAAGCCAGCCCUGGCCUUGCCCCCAAUACUAGGGGCAGCCCAGGUCCCCCUCCAGCCAAGCCCUGCAGUGGCGCUGCUCCCACCCCUCUCGUGCUGGUUGGAGACAAGAGCCCUGCGCCUUCCCCUGGAACCUCAUCCCCACAGCUCCAGGUAAAGUCUUCCUGCAAGGAGAAUCCUUUUAACCGGAAGGCAUCACCCACAGCGUCCCCAACCGUAAAGAAGGCCACCAAGGGCUCCAAGCCAGCGAGACCGCCUGCCCCAGGACACGGCUUUCCGCUCAUCAAACGCAAGGUUCAGGCUGACCAGUACAUCCCCGAAGAGGACAUCCAUGGGGAGAUGGACACCAUCGAGCGUCAGCUGGAUACCCUGGAACACCGUGGGGUCCUGCUGGAGGAGAAGCUGCGUGGUGGAGUGGACGAGGGCCGUGAGGAUGACAUGCUGGUGGACUGGUUCAAGCUCAUCCACGAGAAGCAUCUGCUGGUUCGGCGGGAGUCCGAGCUCAUCUAUGUCUUCAAGCAGCAGAACCUGGAGCAACGCCAGGCCGACGUGGAGUAUGAGCUCCGGUGCCUUCUCAACAAGCCGGAAAAGGACUGGACAGAAGAGGACCGGGUCCGAGAGAAGGUGCUGAUGCAGGAGCUUGUGACCCUCAUCGAGCAGCGCAACGCCAUCGUCAACUGCCUAGAUGAGGACCGGCAGAGGGAGGAAGAGGAAGAUAAGAUGUUGGAAGCCAUGAUCAAGAAGAAAGAGUUCCAGAAGGAGGCUGAACCCGAGGGCAAGAAGAAGGGGAAGUUCAAGACCAUGAAGGUGCUGAAGCUGCUAGGAAACAAGCGUGAUACCAAGAGCAAGUCCCCGGGAGACAAGAGCUAACAGUGCGGGCUGCCAGCUGGGGACUCCACCGCUCCUGGCUCGGCCCCGGGCUGUGCUCUGCCAGGGACGCCCAGCUUCCCUUCAGGAUCAGUCGAGGGGAAAGAUGACUUAAGGGGAGGGAGCCUCUGGGUGAUGGCCUCUCCCUCCUCAGGGUCCUCUGGCUCGUCUGGGCCAAAGAGUUUUCUUCCCUCUCCUCUGAGCCACCGGCAGCUGCGCCUCAGCCCUGCCCAGCCUGGCUGUGAUGACCCCAGAUGCUGGGACUGACCCAGGGAGCGAGCCGGCUCCUGGGUCCGGGGAGCGGCCGCAGCCGAGCACACCCGCCCUCGUCCCACCCAGCACCUGGCCUGCCGUGCCGGGCAGCUCCUCGGUCCUCUUCCCUUCUGUGCCACGUGCAGAGGGGAGCCUUACCUGUCAGAGUCUCUGGGUCUUUCUGCCCACGAGGUGGGCCCGGGGUGGGCCUCUGGCCCGGGUCUCCCGCCCCGGCCCUGGUUCUGAGUCUCUGUCUUCCUUUCAGUGCAGGCGGCCCUGACUCUCUUUCUCCUCACUCAGGACCUCUAUUUAUGAAGUCUCUUAAUUAAGUUCGAGGUAGUUACUGUGUCCUCAGACAUGAAUGGGCCUGGACAGAUCCCUCCCUGUGUUGCUCAGAGCUCUAGGAGCUUCCCUCGUCUCCCCUCAUUCUGUAGGAGGUCUCUCUGUCCGGGACACCGUGCCGGGGUGGGUGGGAGCCAAGUGCUGAGCCCCCGCAGGGAGGGUCCCGGGGACGCAGGCCCCAGCUGCGGUUCUGGCCCUGCCCCUCGGCCAGGUCAGCAGCAGGCGGGGCUGCUGCCGUAGGUGCUACCCCUGGUCCUUUACUGCACUGCGGCCCGGCCCCUCCUUUAGGCUCUCCCCGCCACCCCAGGGCUGGGGCGCAGUGGACCCACUCCGGGUGGUCAUCGCCAGCCUGUCUUCUCACACUCGUCUGUUGUCUGUUCUCUCCCGACUUGUUGCUGCCGAAGGACUCAUGGUCGCUCAGCCCCUGGGAUGGCUGUGGGAGCGGAGGAGCCGAUGGGGGCCAGCACCUUCCCCCCACAGAGUGUGCCCAGCAGCUCUUGGUCAAAGCACUGUUGCUGUAAGCUAUUUCCGGGGUGCCUCUAGGGCCCCCUUCCCUCAGCCCGCCUAUGGGGAGAGGUUGUACUGUAUUAAUUUGAGAGGGUUUUCCUCCCCGACAAUAAAUGGAGACCACCUCAGUCGCCAGUGCCCUGCAGCCUCGAGGCGCCUUCCCCUCGCCAGGCCUGCCUUCUUCCCUGCCUCUGCCAGGCCUUGAGGCCGGCGUCUCUGCUUGCCCAGGAGGGCGUGGAGGGGCUGUCCACCGCUGGGGGCCCUGGCCCUCACUGCCUGCCCCCCGGGCAGGACCCCUUCCUCUGCAGGGACAGGUGGCUCCCGCGCCUGUGCAGCCCGCGGCCGCCUCCUUCCUGACAUGCCUGUUGACCUGCAGCUGGGGUCACCAACUCCAGCGGCAGCUGACGCACGUGAACCGGGCUGGGUGUGUCCUGAGGGACGGCCCCGACACCCGGGUGGUGGGGGCUGGGGUGAACGGGGGUGGAUACGCCACAACUAGAGGGGAAGUUCUUCCUCAUUUAAGUCAACUGUAGCCUGUGGGAUGUGGGCCCAGUGGGGCCAGAUCUUUCCAUUUUUCAAGAGAAACUGGAAAUCCAGAUGGUGCGUGUGUGUGAUUUGUAAAUGUUGGCAACCGAUGCGAAUUUAAAUCGAGGGCAGGCUGCUGUGGUGUCACGGGUGGGCCGACUUUGUCCUGGGCUGUCCUGGGUUCUCUGGUUCGCUGCUCCUGGGCCACGUGCUGGGGCCUUCGAGGUGGAGGGCGGCUGUCCUCGUCAUGUUGCACCCUUGGCCCUCAGGUUCUGGAGGGUGUGUGGAUACAGCUUCUCAUGGAGUGUUACAGAGCCCAGCCCUUGAUCUGGUCCUCUCUGUUUGUCUGUUUGAGGCUGCAGGGCUGUGUUUAUUCUGCAAACCCAGACUUUGGUCAUGUGGCCUGAGAAGAUUAUAUGAAUCCCUCCAAGUGGGAUGGUUGGUUGAAAUUUCUGAAAUACUUUGAUUUAUGGGGACAGAAAAAUGACAGAAUACUGGAGACCAUAAGGCUUGUGGUUGUCAAGACACGGGGACUGCCGUGUGCCGUGCGCCAGGCCUGGGGCGCUGCUCCUGGGGGCGGAUGUCUCCUCAGCAGCCCUUUGAGGCAGGCCGCACAGGCGAGCCAUCGGAGAUGAGGCUGCUGGGCUCAGACCGCACAGGCUGGGAGUGGACUUCCAACGCAGGACCCCUUCCGUCUGGGUCCCUCCCACCCCUUUGGGUUUCUUUCUAUGGGCUGUGCGUUUGGUGGAGACAGAAAGCUAACUUUUAAUCCUGAGUAGGCUACUUGCUAGUUAAAUGACUCUGGUCAUAGCAUCUUGGUGAGCCCUGGUUUUCACAUAGGGAUAAUGUACCAUCACAGGCAUUUAUUGAGAAUAUCGAGAGUGACACCGGCACCUGCCGUCGUGCCCGGCCAUGGGGUGCUCCAGGAGCCUUCGUUCCAUUUUCACUUGAAAUGUGUAAAACAGCUAGAAACCAACUGGGCUUGAAAAAUUCUAACCCCUUGAACAAAUAAGGUUUAUCCCUCUGAAAACAAAAUGGUGUGUGUAAUGACCUACGUUAAAUGUGUUUUAUUAGCCUGUUAAUCACAGUGGUUAAAUAUUUGCCCAAAGCUGUAAGAAGUCAAAUAAGUAGGUCCUAAGACAGGUAGGAAGAAAGGAAUCAUAUUCAUUACUAAGUUCAGAAAACCUAAUGUGCCGGACACAGGGACACACAGUGGGUGAGGCUGUGGGAAGGGAGCCCAGUGGAUGCCCUUAGACAUACACCCAAGAUGGUGAGACCUGGAUCCUUGCUUUCACUGUGUGUGUGGCUCUUUCCCCAAGAAAAGACUGUGUGUGUGUGUAUGUGUCUGUACCUGUGACUGGUCUCAGAGGCUCAGCUGACUGAGGAUCCCUGGGCAGGGUCUCAAGGAGAAUCAGCUCGUUUUCUGAGAUGUGGUCCAUUUUCUAGGGUGCUAUGUGCAGGGUGCCCUAGGUGGGGGCAGUGCUAUACAACCAUUUACAUGGCUGAAGGCUGGGGUGGGUGGGCUGACCUGGGGGUGACCCUGCUUGGCAAGGGGGUGGGCUCCAAUGGUAGAGGUUGGGCUCCCCCGCCCCCCUCCGGAGGCAGAUUAAGUGGUGGCAAGAGCCUUCCUAAGUUCCUCACUCCUCUUGUGGUCAAGGUCUUCCAUUUCCUGUAGUUUCUGCAGAGGGCAUCAGGGAAAGCUGGGGAUCAGGGAAGGAACUCCAGGAGCCACCGCAGAUGGGAGGCUAGAGCCGGACUCCCGAAAUGGCCGCAGCUGACCCUUUAUUCCUGCUCACAUCUCGUCCUCCACACUCACAGGGGUGCAUCGCCCCCUCCCCGCCGGCUCCAUUUCCCUGUUGCUUCUCCUACCUGCGAGAUUUCAGUAAGGAUGAUCGCUUGGUACUGUCUGCCCUGCCCUAGGGCCUCCAUGUCAGCCAGGAAUUCUUUCCUCUCCUGGAUUUCCUUUACCACUGGAAAGGGAAAGGGCCGUCAGUGUACAGGGCAACGGGGGCCCUCAGGCUCCCAGGAGGGAUGGCAGGGACGGCAGGUUGCUUUUCUUGGGAACAGGAAGCAGUUCUGCGGUUGCCCCUCAGGGAUUCCCCCCUCCACACACACUCCCCUCUCCAGCGUAACUGGCCCAUCAGGGGCUCACGUUCUUCAAACCGGUCCAGCUCAGGGGCUGGGUUCUCCUGUUGCACAGGAGGGGGCUUUUUUUUCCGUUCCGCUGGCUCCUUCCCGGUGGCAAAAAUAUUUUGGAGUCUUCGCUUCUCCUUCUCCAGAUCUCCUGUUGGGCCCGGACAUGGCCUAGUUAAGGCGUGAAGAGCACCCCCAUUCAUGGUCCGUGUUCCCAGUUGGGCACGCUCGCUCCAGGGUAACGUGGGUAGGGCUUCUGCAAACCCAGCACCUUCUACCCUAGGUGUCCCUGAGCUGGUCAGUCAUGAUAGGCAGGAAGGGGUUGAAAGGACCCACAAUAGAGCUUCGUCAAAACCCACACGUUGCCCGGGUGCAGAGCAAGGCUAAGAAAACUCAGUGACUGCCGCAGUGCAGCUGGGAUGGGGAGGCUGCCUGGGAGCUGUCGGAGGGGCUCGCCCAAGAGCCAUGUCAGGUGCCAAGUAGAAACGGGUGGCGGGGAACGACUCCCUGAAAUAGGCUGCAGCGCACAGGAGCCCUGGGUUCCAGGCACCGUGUGAGCUUCAGAGAGCAGUGGCCGUGAUGCCUGACCGCCGAACAUUCAUCAGAGAUGGGCGGAAACCAGUUAAUGGUUAAAGAGAGUUCUGGAAAAAUGUAUGAAAACGAACACCUAACUGGUUUCCCGUGCACCCUGAAUGCCCCCAAGCUAACAUGUGCUGAGGUUCAAGAGCAUCGGUAUAAACAACGUGAGAAUUUGAUCAGCUGCCCGCUCCGCGCUCUGCGGGCUGCAAGUCUCCCUGCCCCCUACCCCCUCGGAGGGCGGUAGGAGAGGGGCUGUAGUGGAGGCCCUUCACUUACGGGUGGCUUGGGGCUUGAACUGCUCCCGGCUGUAGGCCCCGUUGGCUUGGCACAUGCUGGCAGGCCGGAGGUGGGACCGGACGGCCAGGAUGGGAGGCAAGUAGAUGGCUGGGGCCGGCUGCUUGGAAGGCAACACCCUCUGGCUGGAAGUUGGACUGCACUGUAGGGGGAGAGUGUCUCCUCCUGCGGAAGGAAGGGUCAGGGUGGGGGGGCCCUCCUGGCUUUUUUUUUUUAGUUUAUAAAAGCGGUCCCUACCUGUUAUAACAAGUCAAACAGUACAGAAGGGUCUUCCCUUCUCCCCUCCGAGCCCCCCUCUACGAGAAGCCAUGGUAACAAGUUGGUGGUCUCGGCCCAUUCUUUUUGUUGCUUACAUAAACAUGUUCAAAGAUACGUGUGCAUAUGUAAGAUUCAUGUUUCAAACACUGGGUCAUACUGUAUUCUAUUCAGUAAUAGACUCUUAACAGUCUAUCAUGGACAUCUUUCCAGAUCACUCCAUUUAUAUAUAACUUAUUUUUUAUAGCUGUAUACUAGUCCUUAGAAACAUUAUUUAUUCAAUGAGUCUCCUAGUUUCAGAAAUGCAGGCAAUUUCCAGUUUGUUUUUUUUUUAAACUAUUUCAAACAAUGAUGUAAUAAACAUUCUUGUACAUC